UUCCGAUAUCCAGAUAUUGUGGCAUGUUUUCAUUAUAAAACUUCGUAAAUAAUCAUCUCUCUCCAAAAUGGGUAUUCAUAAUUUGUCGAAGGUUAUUGGUGAUCAUGCCCCUGGUGCUGUUAGGGAGCAUGAGAUUAAAAGUUAUUUCGGUAGGAAAGUGGCAAUUGAUGCGUCCAUGUCAAUAUACCAGUUCCUUAUAGCUGUCCGCUCCGAGGGAAAUGUUCUCAUGAAUGAGGAUGGAGAUACAACCAGUCAUCUCAUGGGAAUGUUCUAUAGAACGAUACGAAUGGUGGACAAUGGAAUCAAACCUGUCUACGUCUUUGACGGCAAGCCACCAGCUAUGAAGUCCGGAGAGCUGGCCAAGCGACACCAGCGAAGACAGGAGGCAGAGAAAUCCCUUGCCGAGGCUGAAGAAAAAGGCGAUGCCGAAAAUAUUGAGCGUUUCAACAAGCGAUUAACAAAGGUAACCCCUCAGCAUAAUGAUGAGGUUAAACAACUUCUCAAGCUGAUGGGAAUUCCUUAUGUCUCGGCACCAUGCGAGGCAGAGGCCCAGUGUGCCCACCUGGUUAAGCAUGGCAAAGUGUUUGCUGUGGGAACUGAAGAUAUGGACGCCCUCACUUUUGGAUCAAAUGUCCUAUUACGUCACCUAACUUUUAGUGAAGCGAGGAAGAUGCCCAUUCAGGAAUUCAAUUAUGACAGAAUAAUACAGGAGAUGCAGUUAACUACUGACCAGUUUGUUGACCUGUGUAUCCUGCUGGGGUGCGACUACUGCGAUUCUAUUCGUGGUAUCGGACAGAAGAAGGCAUACGAUCUCAUCAAACAAUAUAAGACAAUAGAGGAGGUUCUUGAACAUCUUGAUACUAAGAAAUAUACAGUCCCAGAAGAUUGGAUGUUUAAAGAGGCUCGCGAACUGUUCAAAGAGCCUGAAGUUAAAGAUGUUGAAGAGGAGGAGUUGAAGUGGACUGAGCCUGAUGAAGAAGGACUGGUGGAGUUUAUGUGCAAAGGCAAAGGAUUCAAUGAGGAUCGCAUUCGAAAUGGUGUAAAGAAACUAGGUAAAGCACGUACCACAACAACACAAGUUCGAAUGGACAGUUUCUUCAAGGUCACAUCAGUCACCAAGUCUAGCACUGCCGAGAAAAGGAAGAGUGACACUCAGAAGGGAUCUGCAAAGAAGAAAGGGCGUGGAGGUGGCUUCCGGCGUGGAAAGUAAGAAGACAACCGAUGAAUUUCCUUCAAGAUCUGAAUAAUUUUUAUGGCAGAAUAUAGGCAAAGCCGUUGGGAUCAACAGUAUCACACUGAAGUGAAAGCAAGGUCAUAAGAACAGAAUAUUGGCACUCUGGAUUUAUUGUAAAGGACUCUUUGGGACCACAUACCUGGGAUGAUAAACACACAUACCUCUGUUAAUGAAAAUGUAUCUUUUUAAUUUCUAUGUGCUGCUACAUGGAAGUUUCAUUCCGUUUGUUCUGUGAAACAUUUGCACUGUAAGAUCAUGAAUUGUUCACCAAGACUGUCAAUAAACCACACGU